AAGAAAACCAUAGCAAAGGCAAAAAGCAAAAACAGCCAGAGAAGCCAAACUGCCUUUUAACUUACUCUUGCACAAUAUCGUUUCUCUCUCCGUCGUUUGCGCCAUCGUCUAGAGCCUCCUCUUCCCCAUACGGCAUCGUUUCGUGGGUCCCUUUUCAAUCUCCAAAUUUCUCUAUUUGAUCGGUAAAUGCAUGGUAUUGUUUAAUUGAAAAAGUAACGAGAUACGACACCUUUUAAUGCCCAGUAAAUGGCUUCAGUGGGCGUGGUACCUACUUCUUUCUUGAGAGAAUCUAGUGGCCACACCAGUGGUGUUGAUAAACUGCCUGAGGAGAUGAAUGACAUGAAAAUUAGGGAUGAAAAGGAAAUUGAAGCUACAGUUGUUGAUGGUAAUGGGACCGAGACAGGUCAUAUAAUAGUCACAACCAUUGGUGGCAGAAAUGGUCAGCCUAAACAGACAAUUAGCUACAUGGCUGAGCGCAUUGUUGGACAAGGGUCAUUUGGAGUUGUCUUCCAGGCCAAGUGUUUAGAGACAGGUGAGACUGUGGCAAUAAAGAAGGUUCUUCAGGAUAAGAGGUACAAAAAUCGUGAACUCCAAACUAUGCGUCUUCUUGACCAUCCAAAUGUGGUCUCUUUGAAGCAUUGCUUCUUUUCAACAACUGAAAAGGAUGAACUUUAUCUUAAUCUUGUUCUUGAGUACGUUCCUGAAACUGUUCAUCGUGUGAUCAAACACUUCAACAAGUUGAACCAGAGGAUGCCAAUGAUAUAUGUAAAACUUUAUGCUUAUCAGAUCUUCAGGGCUUUGUCUUACAUUCAUUGCAGUAUUGGAGUGUGUCAUCGGGACAUUAAACCUCAAAAUCUAUUGGUAAAUCCACAUACUCACCAGGUUAAACUAUGUGAUUUCGGAAGUGCAAAAAUAUUGUUGAAAGGGGAACCGAAUAUAUCCUAUAUCUGCUCCAGGUAUUAUAGAGCACCUGAGCUUAUAUUUGGUGCAACUGAGUACACCACAGCCAUUGAUAUAUGGUCUGCAGGCUGUGUUGUGGCUGAGCUACUGCUUGGAAAGCCUCUCUUUCCUGGCAAUAGUGGAGUUGACCAACUUGUUGAGAUAAUUAAGGUAUUAGGUACUCCUACAAGGGAGGAAAUAAAAUGCAUGAAUCCAAACUAUACCGAGUUUAAAUUCCCCCAGAUUAAAGCUCACCCAUGGCACAAGAUAUUCCCGAAACGCAUGCCUCAUGAAGCUGUUGAUCUGGUCUCAAGACUGCUACAAUACUCUCCCAACUUGCGAUGCACAGCUUUAGAUGCUUUGAUUCAUCCAUUCUUUGAUGAGCUGCGCAACCCAAACACUCGCUUGCCAAAUGGACGUUUCCUUCCGCCAUUGUUUAACUUCAAAUCUCAUGAGCUUAAGGGUGUCCAUGUGGAAAUCUUGGUGAAACUGGUACCAGAACAUGCCAGAAAGCAAUGCCCCUUUCUUGGACUAUGACUCGAGAUGAGGUGAAUGGAAAUGUAGCAAACCUAACACAAGGGUGUGUUGGUUUUUCAUGUAUGGAAGAACCCUGAAAUGUUUGUACUUUGUAACAACUUUCUAUCUAUUGUAUGCUAUUUGUCUUGCCUCCAUUUCUUCCAUGUCUUCAUGUUAUUGUAUGACUUUAUUAUCAUUACUACUAUUAUGUAAAAGCAAAUUUAUAAUCAUGCUACUAGUUGAAACAAACCCAAACUUAAACCUGAA